CCUCGCGGGCUGCCGUAGCCAAGAAAGGCAGCACUCUGUUCCCCAGAAAAGUGCCACCUGCGGCCGCAGUUUCACUUUCGGUUUCACCCGGGUGGUCCGCGGAGGCAAGCUAGUGGCGCUGCUGGAGAGGAGGUUUGGAUCCCGGCCACCAGAUGAGGAGCCUGGGGCCUUGAGAGGUGAAACGAGGAGUUAUCCAAGGCAUACAGCUAAAUUAAGUAGCAGAGCUGGGAUUAGUCUCCCAAGCUUGGCUAGUGAGCUUACGAACCAGGGAUACUAUUUUCCCUGCCUCUGAGAAGCUUAGAACCUACCGUGGGAGACUGGUCAACAGGAAGACUACAGAACGGCCUGAGAAGUGGAAAGUGGUACCCUGAGGGCUGAGAUUCCUGGCUCACAUGAGAGGGAUUCUUGAUCAGGAUUGUUAAAAUGAGUCUACGGAAACAAACCCCGAGUGACUUCUUAAAGCAAAUCAUUGGACGACCAGUUGUGGUAAAAUUGAAUUCUGGAGUGGAUUAUCGAGGGGUCCUGGCUUGCCUGGAUGGCUACAUGAAUAUAGCCUUGGAGCAGACGGAAGAAUAUGUAAAUGGACAGCUGAAGAAUAAGUACGGGGAUGCAUUUAUCCGUGGAAACAAUGUAUUGUAUAUAAGUACACAGAAGAGAAGGAUGUGAAGACGCCAGGAGUACAAUACUUUUCAUACUGGGGUAUAUUUUUUUAUGAGAUUUUUGGGGGGUUCCUUUGUGACUUCCACUUGUCCCAUUUCAUAAUAAUUGGUGAUUUUUUCACUGACCUGCGAGGAAGAGAAAUGUACAGAAUUGUGAUAAUGUAAUUGCGACGCGUUCCUUCCUAUUUAAGUUUCAGUCAUUUCCUUUUACCUCUGUGUCAGUGUGCAGAAAGCAAAAGAAUAAAAAAAGAAAGAAAAGCUA